AAUAAUUCAAUCAAUUUGUCGCGCUGUUGCCCCGCGCGCCCAUUUGGAUUAUCAAGCAACUUUUUUUUUUCUUGCUGUUUCUAAGCAACCCAAUUGUUACUAACCUUGGCCACUUACCUUGUACCUGCCAGCCGAACUUUAUAAAUCCUAACUCCUACUUCUUUGACUGAUCGCAUACCUUUGCGACCAAGACAAACACAGAAAAAUUCCAGACAUAUUCCUACUUAUUCAGUACAGUCCCUGAACUAAACCCCCACUAUAGCUCUAUCACUGUUCAGUCGCCAGAAUGUCUUCGUCAAAACAGCCUCACCAGGAGGACCAUCCCGAUUCGGAGCCUGAAAUGCUCGCGGAGGAUGAUGCUCUUGAGGAGAUUGACGCUUCCGAGGACGUCGACGUUCCCAUGGACAGCGACGAUGAGGGGGAGCCCGAAGAGAUCAACCUGCACAACGACGGCGUCGCCUACUUUGACCUACACAAGGACUCGGUUUUCGCCAUUGCCCAACAUCCAACCCGCCCGACACUGAUCGCAACGGGUGGAUCAGAAGGAGACUCGGACGACGCGCCAGGCAAGGGCUACGUCUUUGACACCGCACACGUUCCCCAGCGCCCUCUAUUACCACCAAACUUUAGCGGCGAACCUCCGAACCCCCCGGUAGCGCUGGACCGUCUGUUUGAGAUUGAUGGGCAUACCGACAGCAUCAAUGCUUUGACGUUCACCUACCCCGAGGGAGAGUAUCUCUUGAGCGGAGGUAUGGACGGCAAGCUUCGCGCGUACGCGGUCAAGGCGGCACCAUUACAACCGGGAGCCGCACCAAGUACACCAGCCGCACAAAUCGCCUUCCUUGCCGAGUCCCAAGAGGUCCCCGAAAUCAACUUCCUAUCUCCCUGCCCCAACGGCGCAGCGCACCCUAACGUCGUAGCCCUCGGUGCAUCUGACGGCUCCGUCUGGGUGUACCAGGUAGACGGCAGCUCCGACCCGGCGCUGCAGAUCCUGCAGUCAUACUUCCUCCACACCGGCCCCGCGACAGCAUGCGCCUGGACCCCUGAUGGAGAGAUGCUCGCCACCGUCUCCGAGGACGGCAGCCUCUACGUCUGGGACGUGUUUGGAACGGCCUCGGCCGCCGGACUCAAGGCCAGCGACAACGGAAUGAGCGUCCUGGCCCUCACAACGGCAGAUCAACGAUUCGAAGUCGAGGGCGGCCUGUACAGCGUUUCGAUCUCCCCCACCGGGGCCGUCCUGGCCGUCGGAGGUGCAGGAGGUGCCAUCAAGGUCGUCAGCCUGCCGCGGAUAGACAAGAACACGAGCGCGCAGGCCGGCAAGCGCCGCGGCGGCCCGGCCAGCAACGCCAUCGAGGGCGGACAGAUCCUCGCCAGUCUGCAUGCGCAGGGAGACGGCGUCGAGACGCUCUCCUUCUCCCAGCCCGGUGCGGCGGGUGGCAGCGGCACGCUGCUCGCGGCCGGCUCCGUCGACGGCUCCAUCGCCAUCUACGACGCGGCGCGCAACUUUCAGGUGCGCAGGCUGAUCAACGGCGCGCACGGCGAGUUCAGCGUCGUCAAGGUCGACUUUGUCAAGGCGAACCCCCACCUUCUGACGUCGUGCGGCAUGGACGGCGUCGUCAGGAGGUGGGACGCCAGGGGAGGCGUCACGGCGGGCAGCCAGCAGCAGACCCAGACGGGCCAGGCUGGAGGUCUGCUCAAGGAGUGGAGGGGACACAGGGGUGACGGAGAGGGCGGUGGCGUUCUGGGUUUCGUGCAGGGCGAGGCUGGCGAGAGGGUCGCCACUGCUGGUGACGAUGGUGUAGUGUUGAUCUUUGAGGCAUAGUAUGCUUCGAAUGAAAGUUUGAUGAAAUGAACUUUGCCGACCCAUACUGCGUGCUCGAUGGUUUAACCAUUCUAUGCUGACUUGAAUUCGAAAACGCAUGCCCGAACGAUGCUCUAGGGAUAUAAUUACAACAAAACAAAAAGAUACAUUUACAAAGUCACCACUAAGACGCCACAACUCCCCACCUCGUACAACCCUCACUUAUCCCCAAAGACGUUUUGCCAGGCCCUUCCCAGCGCAAAAUCCCUGAAAUGCACAUCCUUGAACCACUUUUGCUUGACCUGUACCGUGGACAUCAGCGCCCUGGCGUGGUCCCAGCCCUCCUCGGUGCCGUCGACGUGGCUCGCGUUGCCCUUGAUGUCGCUGUUGCUGCCGGACUUGCCGAUGCCGUCAAUGUACUCCCACUGGGCGAGGAUGCGCUGCUGCUGCGCGUACGUCCGCAGCUGCCCGACCUCGGUCAUGAUGGCCAUCAUGACGUCGACGGGGUCGUCGAGGUUGAAAGACGAGCGCACGAGGAGCCGCGCCGCGCCCGUCAGCGACACCAGGUACCCCGUCGUGCACACGAUGGACUUGGCGCGGAACACGACGCGCUUCUGGUUCAGCGGCUCCUCCACCGGGCCCCAGGUGAAGUCGGAGCUGGGCGCGUGCGGGUCGUCGUACACGACAAAGUUGCCGCGCGACGUGUCGAUGCAGUGGCCGAGCGACAGCAGGUCCCAGACGCCCGAGCGCGCGAGCCAGGGGUCGUCCGGGUCGUCCGCGAAGGCGACGUCCGGGUUGUCCAUCUGCAGCAGCCUGCGGAACCCGCCGUUGAGCCGCCCCAUGAUCGGCCGCAGGUUGACGUCCCACCCGGCGUCCGACUCGAGCACCAGCACGGCCGGGAUUUGCUUCUCCAGCAUGUGCUGCCAGACGUUGGCGUGCGCGCGCCAGCAGCCCUUUUCGCCGUCCUUGAGCUUGCCGGGCUUUUGCGUCGGCGGCAUGCCCUGGUCGUUUUGGACGUCGGCCGCGGCGACGGCCGGGAAGCGCGUGACCUCGAUGCCCGACAGGUGCGCCUGGAUCGCCAUGGCGUCGUACCGGUCGUGGCGGUGCGGCAGGUUGAGGAACACGAUCGAGUCGAGCCCCAGCGUCCGGUUGGAGGCGGCUUCCAGCACGGAGCCGUGCUUCUUGUUGGAGCUUGGCCGUGCCGUCGGCCGCCUGGUCAAGGAGGCUUUGCUGGAGAUGGCGGACAGCACGGCAUCUUUGUGUGCGGUGGGUAUGCUGAGGUAUGUUAUGAGGAGGAAGCAGAGCGAGGCGGCGCCCACGGCGCAUAGUAAUCUCUUGUUCCCGCGUAGGGAUAUAUUGGGGGAUUUAUCGGUAAACAUGUUGUGCCGCUUUUUUUUCUUUUUUUUAUAUUUUGUAUUAUUAUUAUUACAUGCGAAAGCAGUGUGUUUAAUGUCGCCAAUCAGCCCUUAUAAAAACAAAAUGUAUGUAUAUGUAUACAGAAAUGCAGAAAUAAAAGUAGCAAAGGCAGGA